AUGGCGCCAGUGUCCCGGUCCCGCUAUCCCGAGGACACCUCGGGCUCUCGGAAACGGCGACGCAGCUCGUCGAGGAGCCCGUCGUCCGCUCACGCUAGACGCUCUCCAUGGGGCGGCCGUUGUCACUCUUACUCCCGCGGCCGCGAGGGCCUCCGGCCUCCGUGGGGUGAGUCGGGCGUUGGCACUCCUUACCCCCUCAGCCGCUCUGGGUCCCGAGAGCGGCACUCCGGGCUCUGCAAUUACGCCUACUCGUCCUCUUCUUCCAUUUACUAUGGCGGACACCGUUACUAUCACCACCACUAUGCGGACGACCGGCAGUGGACGGAAGACUAUGAGAAGGAGGAGGAGAUCUAUCGACAGAGGAGGCUGAAAGAGAGAGAAAGAAUUGGGGAGUUGGGAGCUCCUGAGGUGUGGGGGCUGUCUCCCCAGUUUCCUGAGCCAGAUUCUGAUGAACACACCCCAGUUGAGGAUGAAGAGAUAAAGACUAAGAAGAGCAGCAGUUCAAAUGCCAGCUCCCAAGAAAAAGAGAAAAAGGAAAAGGCCAGUCAUUCAAAAAAUAAGAAAAAAAGAAAGAAAAAGUCCAAAAGAAAACAUAGGAAAUAUUCCGAUAAUCCUGACAGUAAUUUAGACUCCGACACUAAUUCUACCUCUGAUGAUGAUAAAAAGAGAGCAAAAAAAGCCAAGAAGAAAGAGAAAAGAAAGGAACACAGAGCUAAAAAGCCCAAGAAACAGAAGACUAAAAAGACUAAACAAGAAUCCAGUGACUCAAGCUAUAAGGAUUCGGAAGGGGAGUUGCCAGAAGAUACCUGGAUUGAGCGGUCAAAAAUUGCAGAUAACAUGGAUCUGAUAGGUCCUGAGGCACCUGUAAUAUACACCUCUCAAGAUGGGAAACCUUUGAACUAUGGCCAUGCUCUGCUUCCAGGUGAAGGUGCAGCUAUGGCUGAGUAUGUAAAAGCUGGGAAGCGUAUCCCACGAAGAGGUGAAAUUGGGCUGACGAGUGAAGAGAUUGCUUCAUUUGAAUGCUCAGGUUAUGUUAUGAGUGGUAGCAGGCAUCGCAGAAUGGAGGCUGUACGACUGCGUAAAGAGAACCAGAUCUACAGUGCUGAUGAGAAGAGAGCCCUUGCAUCCUUUAACCAAGAAGAGAGACGGAAGAGAGAGAGUAAGAUUCUAGCCAGUUUCCGAGAGAUGGUGUACCGAAAGACAAAAGGGAAAGAUGACAAAUAAGGACUUUUAUUCUGU